CCCUGGCGGCGGAGCUGAAGGCAGGAAGGGCAGGUGGAUUCGUGAGUUGGCAGAAACAGAACCCGGUCCCCGGUACGUUGGCUCCGAACCUGCUGGACUCAAACUCCCAGAGUUCACGUCAGUUCCGACUCCUCCUUUUCUCCUCGGUUCGGAUUUGUCUCUGGAUUGGGUCGGAGCUUGUGCGGCUGCAGCCGGAGAUGGAGACCAUAUGGAGCCUGGGAAGGAGCUGCGAAUAACCCUCGGAGGAAGAUGGCAGAAGGAGGAGAGGGAGAAGAGGAGAUCCAGUUCCUGCGAACGGAUGACCAGGUGGUUCUGCAGUGCACCGCCUCCAUUCUGAAGGAGCAGCAGAUCAAACUGUGCCUGUCCUGCGAGGGCUUCGGAAACCGUCUCUGCUUCCUGGAAACGACGUCCAACGCUCAGAAUGUGCCGCCUGACCUGGCCAUCUGCUCGUUCGUCCUGGAGCAGUCGCUGUCGGUCCGAGCUCUGGUGGAGAUGCUGGCCAACACGGUGGAGAUGACGGAGGCGGUCGAUUUGGACAAGUGGUCGUCCCAAGGUGGAGGUCAUCGAACUUUACUGUACGGUCACGCCAUCCUUCUGAGACACCACCACUCAGGCAUGUACCUGAGCUGCCUGACGACAUCUCGAUCCCUCACCGACAAGCUGGCCUUCGACGUGGGCUUGCAAGAAGAUGCCACAGGUGAGGCCUGUUGGUGGACCAUUCAUCCAGCCUCCAAGCAGAGGUCAGAAGGUGAGAAGGUCCGGGUUGGAGACGACUUGAUCCUUGUCAGCGUGUCAUCUGAAAGAUACCUGCACCUGUCCUAUGCCAGUGGAGACCUGAUGGUGGAUGCCUCCUUCAUGCAGACGCUCUGGAACAUGAACCCCAUCAGUUCAGGAUGUGAACUGGCUGAAGGGUAUCUGACGGGAGGUCACGUCCUCCGGCUCUUCCACGGCCACAUGGACGAGUGUCUGGCCAUCCCGACUCCGGAGGAGGGAGAAGAAAAGCGUAGGAUGGCCCACUACGAAGGCGGCGCUGUGUGCAGCCAGGCCCGGUCCCUGUGGAGGCUGGAGCCGCUCAGAAUCAGUUGGAGCGGCAGCCACAUGAAAUGGGGUCAGUCCUUCCGUAUUCGCCACAUCACGACGGGUCGGUACCUGUGUCUCGAUGACGAUAAGGUCCUGAUGGUGGUCGACCCGGAGAAGGCCAACACCAAGCUGUCUGCAUUCUGCUUCCGAGUCUCAAAGGAGAAGGUGGACGUGGCGCAGAAGCGGGAUGUUGAAGGGAUGGGCAUUCCUGAGAUAAAGUACGGAGAGUCCAUGUGUUUUGUCCAGCAUGUGUCCACGGGGCUGUGGCUGACGUAUGCCGCUCUGGACGCUAAGGCCGCUCGGUUAGGGAUGAUGAAGAGAAGGGUGAUUCUGCAUCAGGAGGGUCACAUGGACGACGCCCUCACAGUGUCCCGCUCCCAAAGCGAGGAAUCUCAGGCUGCUCGGAUGAUUUACAGCACCACAGGUCUCUUCAGGCAGUUCAUCAAGCGACUGGACUCUCUGAGCGGGAAGAACAAGUCUCCAGGUUCCGUGUCUCUUCCUCUGGAUGGAGUCAUCCUCUCCCUUCAGGAUCUCAUCUUCUACUUCCGUCCACCGGAGGAGGAACUGGAGCACGAGGAGAAACAGACCAAACUCCGCUCUCUUCGCAACCGGCAGAAUCUCUUCCAGGAGGAGGGAAUGAUCACCAUCGUGUUGGAGUGCAUCGACCGCCUGAACGUCUACAACACCGCCGCUCACUUCUCAGAGUUUGCAGGCGAGGAGGCGGCCGAGUCCUGGAAGGAGAUUGUCAACCUCCUCUACGAGCUGCUGGCCUCGCUGAUCCGAGGGAACCGCUCCAACUGUGCGUUGUUCUGUGACAACCUGGACUGGUUGGUCAGUAAACUGGAUCGUCUGGAGGCCUCCUCUGGGAUUCUGGAGGUUCUGUACUGUGUUCUGAUCGAAAGUCCCGAGGUUCUAAACAUCAUUCAGGAGAACCACAUUAAGUCCAUCAUCUCUCUUCUGGACAAGCAUGGACGGAACCACAAGGUUCUGGAUGUCCUGCGCUCUCUGUGUGUGUGUAACGGUGUAGCUGUGAGGUCCAAUCAGAACCUGAUCACAGAAAACCUGCUACCAGGUCGAGACCUCCUGCUGCAGACCAACAUUGUCAACUACGCCACCAGCGUGAGGCCAAACAUCUUCCUGGGAACGUGCGAGGGUUCCACUCAGUAUAAGAAGUGGUACUACGAGAUGAUCGUGGACUACGUGGAGCCCUUCGUGACGUCACAGGCGACCCACCUGAGGGUGGGCUGGGCCAUGACGGAGGGCUACAGCCCCUACCCUGGAGGAGGAGAGGGCUGGGGGGGGAACGGCGUGGGAGAUGACCUCUACUCCUACGGCUUCGACGGGCUGCACUUGUGGUCAGGUACGGUGGCCCGCCAGGUGGCCUCCCCCAGCGCUCACACGCUGGCGGCAGACGACGUGGUCAGCUGCUGCCUGGAUCUGAGCGUGCCCAGUAUCUCCUUCCGUAUCAACGGCCAUCCGGUGCAGGGAAUGUUCGAGAACUUUAACGUGGACGGUCUCUUCUUCCCGGUCAUCAGCUUCUCCGCCGGAGUCAAGGUCCGCUUCCUCCUCGGUGGUCGCCAUGGCGACUUUAAGUUCAUGCCCCCUCCGGGCUACGCUCCGUGUUACGAGGCUGUGCUGCCAAGAGAACGAAUGCGCAUCGAACCCAUCAAGGAGUACAAGCACGACUUCAACGGCGUCCGUAACCUCCUGGGUCCGACCCAGUCCCUCACCCACACCUCCUUCACCCCCUGCCCCGUGGACACCGUGCAGAUUGUUUUGCCGCCUCACUUGGAGCGAAUCCGGGAGAAGCUGGCUGAGAAUAUUCACGAGCUUUGGGCGGUAACUCGCAUCGAGCAGGGAUGGACCUACGGGAGUUUCAGGGACGACAACAAGAAGCUUCAUCCUUGUUUGGUGGACUUCCAAAGUCUGCCUGAACCAGAGAAGAACUACAACCUGCAGAUGUCAGGGGAGACGCUGAAGACACUGCUGGCCUUGGGUUGCCAUGUUGGUAUGGGAGAUGAGAAAGCAGAAGAAAACCUCAAGAAGAUCAAGCUGCCUAAAACGUAUGUGAUGAGCAACGGCUACAAGCCGGCCCCCCUCGACCUGAGCCACGUCAAACUGACACCAAACCAGAAUCAGCUGGUAGAGAAACUGGCAGAAAAUGGGCAUAAUGUUUGGGCGAGGGACCGCGUGCGACAAGGAUGGACCUACAGCAUAGUACAGGACAUCGUGAAUAAGCGAAACCCUCGUCUGGUGCCGUACAACCUGCUGGACGAGAGAACCAAGAAGACCAACCGCGACAGCGUCAACAACGCUGUCCGUACGCUCAUCGGCUACGGCUACAACAUCGAGCCUCCAGACCAGGAAAGCACCGGCCACGGCCUGGAGAACACCAGGGGAGAUAAAGUACGCAUCUUCAGGGCAGAGAAGUCGUACGCUGUCACCCAGGGGAAGUGGUACUUUGAGUUUGAAGCCGUGAGCACCGGAGAGAUGAGAGUAGGCUGGGCCCGUCCCAACGUCCGCUCCGACACCGAACUGGGAGCCGACGAGCUGGCCUACGUCUUUAACGGCAAUAAGGCUCAACGAUGGCACAUUGGUAAUGAGCCGUUUGGGCGCCAGUGGCAGUCUGGCGACGUGGUCGGCUGCAUGAUCGACCUGACCGAAAUGAACAUCAUGUUCACGCUGAACGGAGAAAUGCUGAUCAGCGACUCGGGAUCAGAAAUGGCUUUCAAAGACAUCGAAAUCGGAGAAGGUUUUAUCCCCGUGUGCGCACUGGGCCUGUCUCAGGUCGGAAGGAUCAAUCUUGGUCGGAACGUCAGCAGCCUGUCCUAUUUUGCCAUCUGUGGCCUGCAGGAGGGAUUUGAGCCUUUUGCCAUCAACAUGAAGCGAGACAUCACCAUGUGGUUCAGUAAAAGUCUGCCUCAGUUUGUCCCCGUGCCCACCGACCACAGUCACAUCGAGGUUUCCCGCGUGGACGGCACGGUGGACAGCGCCCCCUGUCUGAAGCUGACCCACAAGACCUUCGGCUCGCAGAACGCCAACACCGACAUGAUGUUCCUCAGGCUCAGCAUGCCCAUCCAGUUCCACGAGACCUUUAAGAUCCAGGCCGGAACCACCCCGCUCACACGGGCUCUCACCAUCCCCGAGGAGGAGGUAGUGGUGGUGGAGCCGGACUCGGAGUUCGAAGUGUUAAAGAAAUCCGCCAGCCGCAAGGAGCAGGAGGAUGAGAAGAAUGAGACAUCGGUACCGAAGGAGGUCUCUGUGGAAAAUGAGAAGGAUGCGAUGUCGGAGAAGGGGAAGAAGAAAGGAUUUUUCUCUAAAGCCAAAAAAGCUGCCAUGACGCCUCUGGCCCCUCCUCCUGCUCCUCCGACGGUUCCUCGUCUGGUGGAGGACGUGGUUCCUGAUGACAGAGACGACCCUGAAAUCAUCCUGAGCACCACCACUUAUUACUACUCUGUGAGGAUCUUUGCUGGCCAGGAGCCGUCCUGUGCUUGGAUUGGCUGGGUCACCCCUGACUUCCAUCUAUAUGACCCGACCUUUGACCUUUCCAAGGUGCGCUGUGUCACAGUCACCGUGGGAGAUGACAAAGGCAACAUCCACGACAGUAUGAAGCACAGUAACUGCUACAUGGUGUGGGGAGGAGACCUGGUCAGCAACCAGCAGACCCGUUUCAGCCAGGAGGACAUGGUGAUUGGCUGCCUGGUCGACCUGGCAACGGGCCUCAUGACCUUUACCGCCAACGGAAAAGAGAUCAACACCUUCUACCAGGUGGAGCCCAACACCAAGCUGUUUCCUGCAGUUUUCAUUCAGCCAACCAAUCAGAACAUGGCGCAGCUGGAGCUCGGAAAACUUAGGAACAUCAUGCCGAUCUCGGCGGCGAUGUUCCGUAGCGAACGGAUGAACUCCGUUCCCCAGUGCCCUCCCAGGCUGGACGUCCAGAUGCUGACUCCUGUCAUCUGGAGCCGAAUGCCCAAUAAUUUCCUGAAACCGGAGGUGGGCAAAGUGAGUGAGAGGUUGGGGUGGAUGGUGGAGUGUGUUGAACCUCUUAUCAUGAUGGCCCUCCACAUCCCCGAGGAGAACAGGUGCAUCGACAUCCUGGAGCUUUCGGAACGUCUGGAUCUGAUGAAGUUCCACUACCACACACUCAUGCUGUACUGCGCCGUGUGUGCGCUGGGAAACAACCGAGUAGCUCAUGCUCUGUGCAGCCACGUGGACGAAUCCCAGCUCUUCUACGCCACUGAGAACACCUACCUACCUGGGCCCCUCCGCAGCGGCUACUACGACCUGCUCAUCAGCAUUCACCUGGAGUCGGCCAAGCGGGCACGCCUGGGCACCAACAGGGAGUUCAUCGUUCCCAUGACUGAGGAGACUCUCAGCAUCAAGCUCUAUCCCGACACCAAGAAGGACCACUCUCUGCCCGGCGUCGGCCUCACCACGUGUUUACGGCCAAAGCUCCAUUUCUCCUCCAUCAACUUUGUUGGCACGGACCCUGACAUUUACACCCUGAGUCCUGUAUUUCCUCUCCAGGAGCUGAAAACCAGAGCCAUUAGCAUGCUAACGGAGGCUGUGCUGGAUGGCAGCCAGGCCAUGAGGGAUCCAGUAGGUGGCAGUGUUGAGUUCCACUUCGUCCCCAUCCUGAAGCUCAUCAGCACGCUGCUCAUCAUCGGCAUCUUCAACGACGAGGACACCAUGCACAUCCUCAAGAUGAUCGACCCCAGUGUGUUCAGCGGGAAGGAGGAGGAGGAAGCUGAGGAGGGUGGGACUACCAAGGGCGAGGAGCACGAGGAGGAAGAAAUGGAGGAGGAGCUUGAGGACGAGGGUGUUGGCGAUGAGGAGGAGGUGGAGCUGAAAGAGCUGGAGAAAGAAGAGCAGGAGGAGGGAGAGGCUGAGCCUAAGGAGGAAGGUGAGAUGGAGGAAAAAGAGGAGGAGGAAGCAGCCAGAGAAGGUAAAGAUGGAGAGAAAGCAGAGGAGGAGAAGGAGGCAGAAGCCAAAGAUGAAGAAGAGGGUCUGGAGGAGGGCCUCCUUCAGAUGAAGCUGCCAGAAUCAGUCAAACUGCAGAUGUGCACGCUCCUGCAGUAUUUCUGUGACUGCGAGCUCCGACACCGAGUGGAAACCAUCGUGGCCUACUCGGACAACUUCGUCCAGGACGUUCAGAAGAACCAGCGAGUUCGUUACAACCAGCUGAUGAGGGCCUUCACCAUGUCGGCCGCUGAGACGGCCCGCAGGACCCGCGAGUUCCGGUCCCCCCCGCAGGACCAGGUUCUUCUGCUGACCAACUUCAAACACGGUCCGGAGGACGAGGAGUGUCCCGUUCCCGAGGAGGUGCGACUCACGCUGGCGAGUUUCCACAAUGACAUCCUGCUUCACUGUGGUAUUCACAUCGAGCAGGAGGCGGAGGAGGAGGAGGUGGACACCUCCCUCAGAGGCAGACUUCUCAGUCUGGUGGACAAGGUGAAGAGCCUUCGUAAGAAGAAAGAGGAGGAGGAGGAGGAGAAGCCAGAAGUGGAGGAAGAACCCAAACUGAGCACCCUUCAGGAGCUCAUCUCCCACACCAUGAUCCACUGGGCCCAGGAGUCGUUCAUCCAGAACCCUGAACUUGUGCGUCUGAUGUUCAGCCUGCUCCACAGGCAGUACGACGGGCUCGGCGAGCUGAUCCGAGCUCUGCCCAAAGCCUACGCCAUCAACGCCGUGUCUGUGCAGGACACCAUGGACCUUCUGGAGUGUCUGGGUCAGAUCCGCUCGCUGCUCAUCGUCCAGAUGGGCCCCGAAGAGGAGCGGCUGAUGAUCCAGAGCAUCGGGAACAUCAUGAACAACAAGGUGUUCUACCAGCACCCGAACCUGAUGAGAGCCCUGGGCAUGCACGAGACCGUCAUGGAGGUGAUGGUGAACGUGUUGGGUGGAGGAGGCGACUCUAAGGAGAUCCGCUUCCCCCAGAUGGUGACGAACUGCUGUCGUUUCCUCUGUUACUUCUGUCGGAUCAGCCGGCAGAACCAGCGCUCCAUGUUUGACCAUCUGAACUACCUGCUGCAGAACAGCGGCAUCGGCCUGGGCAUGAGCGGCUCCACCCCCCUGGACGUGGCCGCUGCCUCCUGCAUCGACAACAACGAGCUGGCCUUGGCUCUGCAAGAGCAGGACCUGGAAAUGGUGGUGACGUACCUGGCCGGCUGCGGGCUGCGGAGCUGUCCCAUGCUCCUGUCGAAGGGCUACCCCGACAUCGGCUGGAACCCGUGCGGAGGGGAGAAGUAUCUGGAUUUCCUGCGUUUUGCCGUCUUUGUGAAUGGAGAGAGCGUGGAGGAGAACGCCAACGUGGUGGUGCGUCUGCUCAUCCGCCGGCCCGAGUGCUUCGGCCCGGCCCUCAGAGGAGAGGGAGGCAACGGGCUGCUGGCCGCCAUGGAGGAGGCCAUCAAGAUCUCAGAGGACCCAGCGAGGGACGGACCUACGGUCAAGAAAGACCGCCGGUUCAUAUUUGGAGGUGAGGGACAGCAGGAGGAGAACCGCGUGCACCUGGGAAACGCCAUCAUGUCCUUCUACUCCGCUCUCAUCGACCUGCUGGGACGCUGCGCUCCUGAGAUGCAUCUGAUCCAAGCAGGAAAAGGAGAAGCUCUGCGAAUCCGAGCCAUCCUGAGAUCUCUGGUGCCCAUCGAGGAUCUGGUGGGAGUGAUCAGCCUGCCUGUGCAGAUUCCCGCCUAUGGAAAAGACGGACAGAUCAUCGAGCCAAAGAUGUCUGCCAGCUUUGUGCCGGACCACAAGGCCUCCAUGGUGCUGUUCCUCGACAGAGUCUACGGCAUCGACAAUCAGGACUUCCUGCUCCAUGUGCUGGAAGUCGGCUUCCUGCCCGACAUGAGAGCUGCAGCUUCUCUGGAUACAGUGGCCUUCAGCACCACCGAGAUGGCCUUGGCGUUGAACCGCUACCUCUGCUCUGCGGUUCUGCCUCUGCUCACCAAGUGCGCCCCGCUGUUUGCCGGGACGGACCACCGAGCCAUCAUGAUCGACUCCAUGCUUCACACCAUCUACCGCCUGUCCCGCGGCCGCGCCCUGACCAAGGCUCAGAGGGACGUCAUUGAAGAGUGCCUGAUGUCGCUCUGCAAGUACCUCCGACCCUCCAUGCUGCAGCACCUGCUGAGGAGGCUGGUGUUUGACGUUCCCAUCCUGAACGAAUACGCAAAGAUGCCUCUGAAGCUGCUGACCAACCACUACGAGCGCUGCUGGAAGUACUACUGUCUGCCGAAUGGAUGGGCCAACUUCGGAGUGACGUCAGAGGAGGAGCUGCAUCUUUCCCGGAAACUCUUCUGGGGAAUCUUUGAAUCUUUGGCACACAAAAAAUUUGAUGCCGAGCUUUUUAAGAUCGCCAUGCAGUGCAUCUGCGCGAUCGCAGGAGCCAUCCCUCCUGACUACGUGGACGCCUCCUACUCCUCCCACACAGAGAAGAAGGCCUCUGUGGACGCUGAAGGCAACUUUGAUCCCAAACCCGUUGAGACCACCAACACCAUCAUACCGGAGCGGUUGGAUGCGUUCAUCAACAAAUAUGCAGAACACACUCACGAUAAGUGGGCUUUUGAAAAGAUUCAAAACAACUGGACCUACGGGGAGGUGUUGGACGAGGACGCUAAAACCCACCCGAUGCUCCGGCCGUACAAAACCUUCUCUGAGAAGGACAAGGAGAUCUACCGUUGGCCCAUCAAAGAGUCCAUCAAGGCCAUGCUGGCGUGGGAGUGGACCCUGGAGAAAGCCAGAGAGGGGGAGGGGGAGGUUGAGAAGAAGGCGACCGCACGAAAGAUCUCCCAAACAGCUCAGGCCACCUAUGAUCCCAGCCACGGCUACAACCCUCAGCCGAUCGACAUCUCAGGGAUGGCGUUGUCCAGAGAGCUGCAGUCCAUGGCUGAGCAGCUGGCAGAGAACUACCACAACACCUGGGGCAGGAAGAAGAAGCUGGAGCUGCAGGCCAAAGGCGGCGGCACCCAUCCCCUGCUUGUGCCGUAUGACACCCUGACUGCUAAGGAGAAGGCCCGGGACAGGGAGAAAGCCCAGGACCUGCUGAAGUUCCUGCAGCUUAACGGAUAUGCGGUGACGAGGGGCCUGAAAGACAUGGAGCAGGACAUUUCUUCCAUUGAGAAGCGUUUUGCAUACGGAUUCCUCCAGAAGCUUCUCAAAUGGAUGGACAUCGCCCAGGAAUUCAUCGCUCAUCUUGAGGCCGUAGUUAGCAGCGGGCGUGUGGAGAAGUCUCCUCAUGAACAGGAGAUCAAGUUCUUUGCCAAGAUCCUCCUGCCGCUGGUUAAUCAGUACUUUAAGAACCACUGUCUCUACUUCCUCUCCACUCCUGCUAAGAUUCUGGGAAGUGGAGGGCAUUCCUCCAACAAAGAGAAGGAGAUGAUCGCCAGCAUCUUCUGUAAGUUGGCUGCUUUGGUGAGGCACAGAGUUUCUCUCUUUGGAACGGAUGCUCCUGCCGUGGUAAACUGCCUGCACAUUUUGUCACGGUCUCUGGAUGCCAGGACCGUCAUGAAGUCUGGCCCGGAGAUCGUGAAGGCCAUCCUGCGGCAGUUCUUUGAGAGCGCUGCUGAUGACAUCGAGAAGAUGGUGGAGAACCUGAAACUGGGCAAGGUGUCCAGUAGAAACCAGGUUAAAGGGGUGGCCCAGAACAUCAGCUACACCACUAACGCCUUACUUCCAGUGCUAACGUCCCUGUUUGAUCACAUCGCCCAGCACCAGUUUGGAGACGACGUCAUUUUGGACGACCUGCAGAUUUCCUGCUAUCGUUUAAUGUGCAGCAUCUACUCUCUGGGGACGGUGAAGACUUCACAUGUGGAGAAACAGCGGCCGGCUCUCGGCGAAUGCCUGGCCCAUCUGGCGGCCGCCAUGCCGGUAGCUUUCCUCGAGCCAUCUCUGAAUGAAUACAACGCAUUCUCCGUUUACACGACCAAGACUCCAAGAGAGAGGACCAUUCUGGGAAUUCCCAACCAAGUGGAGGAGUUGUGCACUGACAUCCCGGAGCUGGAGCUUCUGAUGAAGGAGAUCUACGACCUAGCUGAGUCUGGAGCCCGCUACACUGAAAUGCCCCACGUGAUUGAGAUCACCCUGCCCAUGCUGUGUAACUACCUCCCACGCUGGUGGGAGAGGGGUCCAGAGAGUUUCCCCGAGCAGGAGGGCCAGCUGUGUACCGCCGUCACCUCGGAGCAACUCAACCAGCUGCUGGGGAGCAUCAUGAAGAUCGUGGUCAACAACCUGGGCAUCGACGAGGCAUCUUGGAUGAAGAGAUUAGCAGUUUUCGCUCAGCCCAUCGUGAGCAGAGCCAAACCCGAGAUGCUGAAAUCCCACUUCAUUCCCACCAUGGAAAAACUAAAGAAACGAGCGGGAAAGGUGGUGGCGGAGGAGGAGCACCUUCGAAUGGAGGGCAAAUCCGAGGUGGACCGCGAAAACGGGACCAUUCGAGACGAGUUUGCCGUGCUGUGUCGGGACCUGUAUGCACUUUACCCUCUCCUCAUCCGCUACGUGGACAACAACAGGGCCAGGUGGCUGACCUGUCCAGACCCAGAUGCUGAAGAGCUUUUCAGGAUGGUGGGAGAAGUUUUCAUCUUCUGGUCCAAAUCACACAACUUCAAGAGGGAGGAGCAGAACUUUGUGGUGAUGAACGAGAUCAACAACAUGUCCUUCCUCACCGCUGACAGUAAGAGCAAGAUGAGCAAGGCCGGAGAUGGAGAGUCCGGAGGCUCAGAGGAGCGCACCAAGAAGAAGAGAAGAGGGGAUCGGUACUCGGUGCAGACCUCCCUGAUCGUAGCGGCCUUGAAGAAGAUGCUUCCCAUCGGCCUGAACAUGUGCUCUCCUGCUGACCAGGAGCUCAUCAACCUCGCCAAGAUCCGAUACUCACUGAAAGACACGGAUGAAGAAGUGAGGGAAUUCCUGCACAACAAUCUGCAUCUACAGGGCAAGGUGGAGGACCCGGCCAUGCGCUGGCAGAUGGCGCUCUACAAGGAGAUGUCUGGAAAGGCCGAGGAUGCUGAAGAUCCUGAGAAGGUGGUGAAAAGGGUCCAAGAGGUGUCGGCGGUCCUUUAUCACAUCGAGGUGACCGAGCACCCCUUCAAGUCGAAGAAGAUGGUUUGGCACAAGCUGCUGUCGAAGCAGCGCCGCAGGGCGGUGGUGGCGUGCUUCAGGAUGACGCCGCUCUACAACAUCCCAACGCACAGAGCCAUCAACAUGUUUCUGGAUGCUUACAAACGCAACUGGUUGGAAACGGAAGGCUACUCGUUUGAGGACAAGAUGAUUGAUGACCUUUCGGUGAAACCCGUCUCCCCGUGUGUGCUGUGCUUCUGUGUCGCUUGUCCUGAUUCAUUCCUCUCUCACCAGAAAGCCAUGGAGGAAGAGGAGGAGGAGGAAGAGGAGACGGAGAGGAAGCCUGAUCCCCUUCAUCAGCUGAUUCUACAUUUCAGCCGGACAGCCCUCACGGAGAAGACUAAACUGGACGUCGACCAUCUUUAUAUGUCUUACGCUGAUAUUAUGGCAAAGAGCUGCCACAUUGGUGAGGAGGACGAAGGGGGAGAGCUGGAGGGGGAGGAGCCAUCCUUUGAGGAGAAGGAGAUGGAGAAGCAGAGGCUCCUGUACCAGCAGUCCCGUCUGCACAACCGUGGGGCUGCAGAGAUGGUGCUGCAGAUGAUCAGUGCCUGUAAAGGUGAACCUGGGGUCAUGGUGUCCUCCACACUCAAAUUGGGAAUCUCCAUCCUCAAUGGAGGCAACAGCGAUGUUCAGCAGAAAAUGUUGGAAUACCUGAAGGACAAGAAGGACGUGGGGUUCUUCCUCAGCGUUCAGGCUCUGAUGCAGACCUGCAGCGUCUUGGACCUGAAUGCUUUUGAGAGACAGAACAAGGCGGAAGGACUUGGAAUGGUCUCAGAAGAGGGCACUAAUAAGAAGCUAGAACGUGAUGAGAAAGUGAUGGCGGACGACGAGUUCACGUGUGACCUCUUCCGCUUCCUGCAGCUUCUCUGUGAAGGUCACAACAACGAUUUUCAGAACUACCUGAGAACUCAGACGGGCUGCACCACCAUCAUCAACAUCAUCAUCUGCACGGUGGACUACCUGCUACGACUGCAGGAGUCCAUCAGUGACUUUUACUGGUACUACUCAGGGAAAGACAUCAUCGACGAGCCCGGCAAGAGGAACUUCUCCAAAGCGAUGACCGUCGCCAAGCAGGUCUUCAACAGCCUGACUGAGUACAUCCAGGGUCCGUGUACGGGGAACCAGCAGUCUCUGGCCCACAGCAGGUUGUGGGAUGCUAUCGUUGGCUUCCUGCACGUUUUUGCUCACAUGAUGAUGAAACUUGCUCAGAUGCAUCCUGGACAAAGAGACGGAGAUCGUUUCUGGAGUAGAACUCACGCUGAGGAUUCCAGUCAGAUUGGACUGUUGAAGGAACUGCUGGACCUCCAGAAGGACAUGGUUGUGAUGCUCCUGUCUCUGCUGGAAGGCAACGUGGUUAACGGCACCAUCGCCAGGCAGAUGGUGGACAUGCUGGUGGAGUCCUCCAGCAACGUGGAGAUGAUCCUCAAGUUCUUCGACAUGUUCCUGAAGCUCAAAGACAUCGUGGCGUCUGACGCCUUCCGGGACUAUGUGACAGAUCCACGCGGGCUCAUCUCAAAGAAGGACUUCUCCAAGGCCAUGGACAGCCAGAAGCAGUACUCGCCUUCAGAAAUCCAGUUCCUCCUCUCCUGCUCCGAGGCCGACGAGAACGAAAUGAUCAACUUUGAGGAAUUUGCCGAUCGUUUCCAGGAGCCAGCGAAGGACAUCGGGUUCAACAUCGCGGUUCUGCUCACAAACCUGUCUGAGCACGUUCCCCACGACACCCGCCUGAAGAACUUCCUGGAGCAGGCCGAGAGCGUGCUGAACUACUUCCGGCCGUUCCUCGGGCGCAUCGAGAUCAUGGGCGCCAGCAGGAAGAUCGAACGCAUCUACUUCGAGAUCAGCGAGGCCAACAGGAACCAGUGGGAGAUGCCUCAGGUCCGAGAGUCCAAGCGACAGUUCAUCUUCGACGUGGUCAACGAGGGCGGCGAGAGCGAGAAGAUGGAGAUGUUCGUGAACUUCUGCGAGGACACCAUCUUUGAAAUGAACAUCGCAGCUUCCAUCUCCGAGCCCGAGGGAGAUGGGGAGGAGGAGGAGGAUGACGAAGAGGAGGAAGAGGGUGGCGGAGACGAAGCGGAGCCUGCUGACGGCGAGGAAGGCAACGGAGAGGCCGAAGUUCCUGAGUCCACAUCCGCCUUUGCAGAUUUCCUGAAGAGCGUGGUGAACUUUUUCAGCAUGUUCACCUUCCGGAACCUCCGACGCCGAUACCGCAAACUCCGAAAGAUGACUGUGAAGGAGAUGGUGGUCGGCCUGGUGACCUUCGUCUACACCCUCCUGAUGGGAAUCCUCAUAUUCGUCUACAGCAUCUGCAAAGGCUUCUUCACGCUCAUAUGGAAGGUCCUGUUUGGUGGAGGCCUGGUGGAGGGCGCCAAGAAGAUGACCGUCACGGAGAUCUUAGCCAGCAUGCCGGAUCCGACUCAAGAUGAAGUUCACGGAGAUGCUCCACCUGAACCGGGAGCCAGAGAGGUCCAGGAGAUGGACGGAGGGGCAGACCUCCUAGAUACCGUGGGUGGAGAAGAAGAGGAGGAGGCCGGAGAAGAAGGAGAAGGUGGACGUCUGCCUGGAUUCGAUAAGCCCGGAGGACUCGGAGACUUUGGAGAAACGACAACAGAAGAGCCUCCAACUCCAGAGGGAACGCCGCUGCUGAAGAGGAAGCUGCUGGCUGGAGGAGCAGAGGGAGCGGGGGAGGAGGAGAAGGCGGAGCCUGUGGAGGAGGUCCCCCAGGAGACGGAGAAGGCAGACACUGAGAAUGGAGAGAAGACGGAGAAAGCGGAACCAGAACCUGAAGUGAAGGAGGAAGAGCCGGAGCUGGCGGAGGAGAAGACCGUGAAGACGAAGACGAAGCGGGACAAGAAACCUGCGGAGGAAGGCUUCGAGCUGUGGAACGAGCUGGAGGUCCAGAGGGUCAAGUUCAUGAACUACCUCUCCCGUAACUUCUACAACCUCCGCUUCCUGGCUCUGUUCAUCGCCUUCGCUCUGAACUUCAUCCUGCUCUUCUACAAGGUGUCUGACACCCCACCGGGCGAGGAGGAGUUUGAGGGCUCUGGUCUGUUUGAGGGUUCUGGCCUCUUCGAAGGUUCUGGCGCUGACGAGGACGGGUCUGGAUUAGAGGAGGGCGGGGAAGACGAUGACGAAGAAGGUCCGCUGUACUACUUUUUGGAAGAGAGCACCGGCUACAUGGAGCCGGCCAUGGCGUUCUUCGGGAUCGUCCACACCAUCAUCUCCUUCCUCUGCAUCAUCGGCUACAACUGCCUGAAGGUCCCGCUGGUUAUCUUCAAACGAGAGAAGGAGCUGGCCAGAAAGCUGGAGUUUGAUGGUCUUUACGUCACGGAGCAGCCUGAAGACGACGACAUCAAGGGCCAGUGGGACCGGCUGGUCCUCAACACUCCGACGUUCCCCAACAACUACUGGGACAAGUUUGUGAAGCGGAAGGUUCUGGAUAAAUACGGUGACAUCUACGGUCGAGAGAGGAUCGCCGAGCUGCUCGGGAUGGAUCUGGCAUCUCUGGACGUCAGCGCCAUGACGCACGAGAAGAAGCCUGAACCGGACACCUCCAUGUUCAGCUGGAUUACGUCCAUCGACGUGAAAUAUCAGAUCUGGAAGUUUGGUGUGGUCUUCACCGACAACACCUUCCUCUACCUGGUCUGGUACAUGCUGAUGUCGUUGCUCGGACACUACAACAACUUUUUCUUUGCCUGCCACCUUCUGGACAUCGCCAUGGGCGUCAAAACGCUGCGCACCAUCCUGUCCUCCGUUACCCACAACGGCAAACAGCUGGUGAUGACGGUGGGGCUGCUGGCCGUGGUGGUGUACCUGUACACCGUGGUGGCCUUCAACUUCUUCAGAAAGUUCUACAACAAGAGCGAGGAUGAGGACGAGCCGGACAUGAAGUGUGACGACAUGAUGACUUGCUACCUGUUCCACAUGUACGUCGGCGUGCGCGCCGGUGGCGGCAUCGGAGACGAGAUCGAGGACCCGGCGGGCGACGACUACGAGCUGUACCGAGUUGUCUUCGACAUCACCUUCUUCUUCUUCGUCAUCGUCAUCCUGCUGGCCAUCAUCCAGGGUCUGAUCAUCGAUGCUUUUGGAGAGCUGAGAGACCAGCAGGAGCAGGUCAGAGAGGACAUGGAGACCAAGUGCUUCAUCUGUGGAAUAGGAAGUGACUACUUCGAUACGACGCCGCACGGCUUCGAGACGCACACCUUAGAGGAGCAUAACCUCGCCAACUACAUGUUCUUCCUGAUGUAUCUCAUCAACAAAGACGAAACUGAGCACACGGGGCAGGAGUCCUACGUGUGGAAGUUGUACCAGGAGCGCUGCUGGGACUUCUUCCCCGCCGGCGACUGCUUCCGGAAGCAGUACGAGGACCAGCUCGGCUAGAGUCCGCCGCCGCCGGCGUACGUCCGAGGAGAGGGAGGAGGAGGGAGCGAUUCCACAUCCAGAGAGGGGUUUAGCACGUCUGUGUCUUCGUUUUUAAUGUGUCGGCGCGCUCCUCUGGUCCGUCAAAAGCUACGCACGCUCCAACUGCAGCUUUCCCGCCUGCAGCAGAACGACAUUCAGGAAAAGCAGAUUUUUAAUCCCAGAGAGGUGAAAGAAAUCCCGCCAGAGCCGUUAGAUCCUGCGUUGGCCCCUCGGCCUUUUUCCCGUCUGAAUGAGGUUUGCCUUGAUUCGCUGCUGCCGUCAACGCUACUAGUGCCUAUAGCAACGUCACCAUGGCAACGCCCCACCUGUUACCGUAGCAACGACGUUGCAACCUCACUGCUUUUUCCGUUACCGUAGAAACGUCAAUGCUUCUUUUAAGACUUUUAUUUUUCAGUAACCUUUUUGUUUGUUUGUUUGUUUGUUUAAAGUCCAGGAAGUGACCUUUGAGACGCCGAACACCGUUUUCCUGACGGAGUCGGUGGCGAACUCAGAACUCGUCUGUAGAGUAAAGUCCUGAUGAAACACGAAGACCUCACACACGUUAAAUGUGUGUUUUUUGGUGUCCGUCGGCCCAUUCCUCCGUGACGGCGCCGUCUGUCGGUGGCGGCAGCCAUCUUGUAUUUUAGGUUUGUGUCGUGAAGGAGACGAUGGAUCAGCUGUUUGGUUUUUCCUCAGAGGGAGCCGCUCUGCAGAAACAGACGGACAUCCUGACGAAUGUCAGAGUUAGAGUUUUGCUUUGAACCAGCCGAGCAAACCAAGCUGAAGGGACACUUACAGUCUUACGUUGCAUCCCAGGGUGUGUGUGUGUGUGUGUGUGUGUUGAAACGGCGACACACACACGCUGAUGGAGUUGUGUAUUGUUGUUUAUGCAGCUCUGGUCUGUUUUUAAGAGACUGCGGUGCUUUAAAUGAAGUGGUGAAUGUGUCUGAUGCUAGCUGGCGUCUGUGUGACCGAGGCUCCGUCACAGAUGAAGACGUUUGUUUGAUCUUAAAUGCGUAUAUUUAUGUUUUCUUUAGAGCUCAGAGGUUUUCAGAUCAGCUCUGCGGCGUUUUCGGACGGGAACACGCCACUUCCUGCUUGUGAAGCCUGUGAUUGUGGAGAGAAGUGGUCUUAAACUGGAGGAAAGCUCCAGCCUGCAGCCAGAAGAGAGCGUCCGCUCUUACUUUAGCUUCGUUAGCGUUUCACUUUUCCUUUCCUCCAACUGAAGCCGUGUGUGUUUCCUUCUCAUCGUGCCUCUUUCUGAACGCCGUCUGGUGUUAAACAUGGCGGAGGCGGAGCGGUUAGGGUUAGAGACGUCCACAGACGUUACUCCUGUUUGCCUGAGUGUCCUCCGACAGAAUAAACAGAUUAUUUUAAGGACAA